AUGGACCGCACCCGCACCUCCCUGCUAGCCCAAAACGGCGUGCCAGGCGAAUACACAGUCUCCUACCCUUUCCUUGCACGCGGUCCGCGCUCUGAACCUCGUUUGCGUGUGCGAAGUGAGACCCAGCAGAGUACGACACAGACGACACUACUAAGCACACCAGCACACGAUACGCCCCAGCCGACGGCACUCCAGCGGCGAGCAUCGACAACCUCAACGACCUCUCUCGCCUCUCUCGCCUGUCUGGCGCCGGAAAAAGGAAAAGAAAAGGAAAAAGACAAAGAAAACGCAAAGACUCCACAAGCACAGAGGUCUGGCGUGAAGACGGUGCUGGCCAAGGCAGUGAGGGGAGGCCAUGUAGAUGGAUCAGGUGAGAGGAGGGGAGGAGAGGGAAGGAAAGGAGACAGGACGGGCGACGGCUGGAGAGUGUUUUUUCCGCGGAAAAGUGGUUCAUAG